AUGGCUCACUGGCCUUCGCCCACCUCGGGGUCUCUAGCUAGUCGCUCCUCAAGCGAUUCCUUCGCGGGCAGCGGCAGGCUCAGCGGCGGGAUGGCGCCGGCAGGCGGGACGCCGACACCAGAUCUCCCGCCCCUGGGCAUUUGGUCGGGAUUGCGUCUGAUCCGCUGCCCUGAGUGCGGCGGGGAGGAGUACAAUAUUCCGGAACCCGGAGGAACUACAACCGGAAAUCCUUCCAACUGCCGCCAGAACGAGGCCGGAGUGCCUGGCGGCGGCUGCUGCUGCUUCAAAACCCAUGAGGAAUACGAAAAGAUAAUCGUACCAGCGCUGAGUGGUGAGCCGGUGGGCAACCCAGAGAUGGUCGCUGCUGUGGAGGAUCUGAAGCACGAGAUCGUGGCGCAGACGUUGGCCGUCGCCCAGCUCAAGACAGACAUUGAAGAUGUCAAGGGCUUCAAGGGCAAGCUUGGUGCUGGGGACAAGGUUCAGAAGGUUGCGAAGGCUUGA